AUGACUAUGGGCAAGGUUAUCUUCUACGAGGACAGGAACUUCAUGGGGCGCUCCUAUGAGUGCACCGGUGAUUGUUCCGAUAUGCACUCUUACAUGAGCCGCUGCCACUCCUGCAGGGUGGAGAGCGGCUGCUGGAUGGUCUACGACCGCACCAACUUCAUGGGAAACCAGUAUUUCAUGAGGAGGGGCGAGUACGCUGACUACAUGAACAUGUGGGGCUGGGGAAACAACUGCAUCAGGUCCUGCCGCAUGAUCCCUAUGCACAGAGGAUCCUACAGAAUGAGGAUCUACGAGAGGGAUAACUUCAUGGGUCAGAUGUAUGAGAUGACGGACGACUGCGAUUCCUUCAUGGAUCGUUACCACUGGUCCAACGGCUGCAUGUCCUGCCAUGUGAUGGACGGCCACUGGCUCAUGUACGAGUAUCCCCACUACAGAGGCAGGAUGUGGUACUUCAGGCCUGGAGAGUACAGGAACUUCAGAGACUAUGGUGGCAUGAGGUUCAUGAGCAUGAGGCGCAUCAUGGACUCCUGGUAUAACUGAGCUAAAGUGUCAAUAAACACAUUUUGAAUAAAAUCCAGCCAAUCAGUGAAUUGUAUCAUUUCUCUCCCACUAAAGACAGUUUUAACUUUUUUUUUUCCUUUAAACCACAUUAAUUGGUCUUAGAUCAGGAAAUGGAAUAUAAUUUGAUAAGAAGUGUGCACUUCAUUAGGCAGCUAAAAUGAAAUGUAAACAUUCAUCAAAAUUCAUUCAAUUAAUCUGAAAAAUGUAUCUCAAAUUAAAACAUUUACUAAAACAUUUGUUUCCAGACCAUUUCUUUUGUCUCAGCUGCAGUAGCUGCGUGACAUGUUAAACAUUAGCUGGCUAACUCACCGAUGUUCCUCUCUAAUUGUUCAUUUAAAAGUCAUUUCCUGAACUUAACAAAAUCAGCAAUAAUUAUUACUUAAGAACUUUAUAAAGCAUAUAUAACAUACACAUCACUGAAAAAUGACCGCAGCAUUAACUAUUGUGUAAUUCUUU